AUGCCUUUUGUGAUAUGUUCAUUAUAUGGGUAUGCCAAGUUCCUUCAGAUGAAAAAGUUACUCCAAGAUGUUUAUUGUGGAAACCUAACAGGUAUCAAUAUAACUAAUGUCGUUCACAGACGUCUAAAUAAUGAUACAAAAUUUGAAUCAACAGCAGAUAUAGACUGCGAUGACGGAUAUUUUAUUGAAGGUAGAAAUCAAACAGCUGGAAUAUCAACCCAACAAAUAACAUGUUCUGAUAAAGGAACAUGGAUCAAUAUGCCAGUAUGCGUACCUAAAGAUUGUGGGAGAUUGGAUGAACUAAAUUUAACAAAUGCUGAAAACAGAAGUCUGAUCAACAGAACCACAAUAUAUACGUCGCUUGCGAAUAUAAGUUGUGAUGAGGGAUAUAAAGAGUUAAAUAGUAGCCAGGUAUCAGGAAUAACAAGUACUGUGAUUAGAUGUAACGAAAACGGAACGUGGGAAAAUCUACCGAAAUGUGUCAGGAAAGAUUGCGGGACUGUGAAGCAACUUAACCUAACAAACCUUAACCUAUCAUCGGUACAACUGCAUGAUGACACCGUAUUUAACUCAACGGCAGAUGUAGAGUGUGAACGUGGUUACUAUAACGAACAUGGCACUCAAACAUCUGGACUGUCAACAACUACACUAACAUGUUCAACGAAAGGAAACUGGGAGAACCUUCCAUCUUGCAUACCUAAAGGAAUGUACUGUUUAAUACAGACACUUUAA